AGUGCCGGGGUGGGGGGGAGGCUGGGGACGCAGCUCAGAGAAAAAUGCUCUGGAUUCAUUCUUACUACCAGAAAAAGAAAAACCUAUCUAACUAUAGAAUCAGCUGCACUCCAGCUAUUAGGACAUCACUAGAGGAUCGUCCUUGCCCUUUGCUCUCUUCAGGGUCUCGCCCAGGAAGCUGUGGGGCGUGAGAAGUUCAUAUACAUCUGCCUCGGUCCCCGCGCUGCAGAGGCAGAUACCAUUCCGCGGGUCCACGGGGGAGGAACCUCCUCCCGGAUGGAAGAGGGCGAAGCAGACCCUAGGAAAACAUGACGCACGCGCGGGCGGGGCUACCGCGCAGCCGCAGGCGCGCCUCCCCCAACAUCGUUUUUCCUCUCUGCGCUAGGGUGGGGCCUAACUUCCCUCCCUUCUCGCCCCGCCCUUCGCGUUGCUAUGGGGACCCAGCGCUCUCCCCCUCCCCAGUGGGCCAGUGGCGGAGCGGCGGGCCUGGUGUCCUCCUACGGUCUUGGUGGUGCCGACAGUGGCAGAACAUGGAGCCUUCAAGAACCAGUGUGGAUUCCAAGGGGAAGCAGCCGAGACUGGGCCGCUGCAAGCAUUUCUUUUGGCUGGGCGUCGUCUUCGACACGGUGGGCGUGGCGGUGCUGUUCACCGGGGUCUUCGCGGACCUGCUCUUCUAUGACAUGCUGCUGUACCUGGGUUCCAUCAUCAUCUUCCUCAGCCUGCUCUGGUGGAUCUCCUGGUACACCGGCAACAUAGAGUUGCUUCCCGAAGAGUCCUCCAAGAGGGGCUCCCAUAUGGCCGCCGCCCCCACGGCCGAAACUCUGCACCAGAGCGUCAGCCACCGCUUCUCCUGGACCAUCGGGAGCAUCUCCAACACCUUCCGGAUCCAGCGGCGGCACCUGCGGAGGUCCCUGAAGAAGAGGGCAAUCCUGACCAUGACCGUGGCAGGCCUGGAAGACGAGAGCAAGGGCAAAGACGGAAGGGAAAGCGUUAAGGACAGCGUUGACUCUCAAGAAAUCUGCAAAGAGAAUCUGGGCCCUAAGCCUGAAGAUGAAAACAAUCCAGAGGCAAUUGGCUCC